AUGAUUUCUGUCGGUAUGCACCUCACAAUGAACGGCUGCUUCGACUCAUAUGUGUUCCUUGUCUGUCGCUCCCCACUCUUCCACAGCUCUUCACUCAUUCCCGAUCGUCCAACACCACAAUUUGUAUUCGAUGGUGCAUUACCAAAUUCUCUUACACCACAGUUGCCCAGGUCGGACCGAAGAGGAAGCGACUCUCGUAAGUCAACUCUCUUGCUUCAACAAAAUGUAUUUUUCCUUUACCUCAAGCUCGCCAUCAUCAGUACUUUGGAACAGUGA